UGUAAGUGUGGAUUUUCACAUCUACUCUUUCCCGUUUAUUAGUUUGUUCUUGCUCUUUCCUUUCCCCCCUAACUUCAUCACAUCACAUAAGCGCGCUCUUCCCUCGCCUUUCUCUUUCAAUUCUCGCUAAAAUUUCUCUCAAUUUUUUUUAAAAUUUCAUACCCAAAGAAUCAAUACGUCAAUUUCUUACUCCAAAAAUCGAGAAUUGAAGUGUUCUUUGUGUUAAUUCCAUCAAUUUGACAGCUCUAAUUUUUGAGUGAUUCUCACAAGAAAAACCCUCUUUUAUAAUGGGGAUUUCCUUCAAAAUUGCUAAAAAAGGAACGAGGUAUAAGCCCAAAAUUGUGAUCCCAGAAUCAAUUAUCACUGUUGAAGACGCUGAAAACUUGCUCGAAAAAUCUAGACUUCCCUCCAAAAUUGAAUCCAAUGGGAAAGAUGAAGAUGCAGUUGGCCUUUCGGGUUCAUCCUUGUCUUCAGGAAGGCAUCAUAUUUCUGCUGAAGAUGAAGUCUCCUUCAUUCUGAAUCUGUACCCUGAUGGAUAUUCAAUUGGAAAGCCCUCAGAGAAUGAUAGUGCACAUGCUGGCUUCCAAGAAGGUUCAAUGAUAUUGCAUCCCUAUGAUCGGACUUCUGAAGGUCUCUUCACUGCUAUCGAGUCUGGCAGAUUGCCUGGCUGUAUUUUGGAUGAUAUCCCGUGCAAGUACAUUGAAGGUGCUCUUACAUGUGAGGUUCGCGAUUACCGAAAAUGCAUGUCUGAUCCCAAAUUCAAUAUUCGGUCAAGUAAUGGAUCAGCAGUUAUUAACAAGGUGCGUCUAAAGAUGUCCUUGGAGAAUGUUGUGAAGGAUAUUCCUUUGAUGGCUGAUGAUUCCUGGACAUAUGGGGAUCUGAUGGAAGUAGAGUCACGAAUACUGAAAGCGCUACAACCAAAGUUGUUUCUGGAUCCAAUGCCCAAGUUGGACAGGCUUUGCAAGGAUUCAGUUUCUUUGAAGCUUAAUUUGGGCUUAAUGGGAUCGCGGAAGAGGAGACUAAGACAAAUUCCAGAAGUUACUGUUACUGCAAAUAAUCGCCCACAUGGAAAGAAAAUUUGCAUAGAUCGGGCACCAGAAAGCUCAAGCUACAGGAUUGGAGAGCUGGGUCCAACAUCAGGUGAUGUGAUAUCACAGCAUGUCCAAGAUAACAUAGCUGCCCAAGCAGGACUGGGAAACCAGAGAAAUAUGCACGAUCCUAUGCAAGGUCCUGUUUUGAAUGCACCGGGAGCUUCACCUGCUGGUCAGGACAUGCCAAUUCCAUAUUCUGAGAAUAUGAACUCUACUGUUCUCGGAAAAAUGGAAGGUCAAGAAACGCAAUUGUCGCCAUAUUUGAAUCUUAGUAAGAGGACAAGGCAAUCUGGUGGUCCUGAUGGUGUUCAGCACCAACCGACUAGCUCUUAUGUGGAUGCCUUUCAAGGAUCAGAGGUGCAAUGGAGGAAUCAGCUCAUGCAACCACAAUCAAAUGCAAGAGGAAUCCAGUAUGCUAAUCCUGUAUUGCAGAGGUAUCCCCAGCUUGCUGGUGAGGGGAUCACCAAUCAUCAAGAUGUUGUGAAAUUGGAGAAGGCAGACCCCAUCAUGGUCAAAACUGAUAUGCAGAUGAUGGAAGCUGAGGGUAGUCACAUGGACCCGAGAUUCCAGCAAAGGUUUCAGAAUCCGCUCAUGAGACCAGGUGUUCAACAGGGGAGCUGGAAUAAUAUCAGCCAGCAAGUUGAGAAAGAUUUUAAAAAGGAAGAACAAUAUCCAAAGAGAAAGCCAAUCCACAGUCCGCGUCUUUCUGCUGGUGCUGCAGCUCAGUCACCUUUAACAGCAAAAGCUACUGAGGUGUCCUGUGGUUCAAUGGGGACACCGUAUGGGGCAGUUCCUUCAGCUGCUGGUCUUGGACAAUUGCAAAGAGAAAAAACAGCUGUGACAUCAAUCCGUAGCACAUCAAUAACAUCAAGUGCCAAUGAUUCUAUGCAACCCCACCAUCAAGUUCCAAAGAGAAGAUCAAAUUCCCUCCCCAAGACCCCAGUGUUAAUAAGUGGAAUUGGCUCUCCUGCCAGUGUCAAUAACAUGGGUGGUCCAAUGAGUGCAUCUAGCCCAUCUGUUAGCACCCCACAACUAGGUGAUCAAAACAUGCUUGAGAGAUUUGCAAAGAUUGAAAUGGUAGCUAUGAGGCACCAGUUGAACCGUAAAAAGAAUAAGGUUGAAGAAUACCCUAGGAGAUCACGGGCAUCUUCUUCACAGGAACUCCAGUACUGCCUUACUAAUGCUGGAAAUUAUGAGUACUCUAAGGAUGAAAUAUUUACAAGCAUGUCAAAGUCGAUGGUUGGUGGGAGCAUGAAUGUUUGCAAGAUAAGGAUGGUGACGGUUCAACCACAAGUGAAUACUCUUCCAGUUGCAGUAAGAACGAGACUGAUCUUGUCAGAGAAGCCAAAUGAUGGUAUUGUGGCAAUGCAUUAUGGAGAACUGGAAGUGGCGGAUUUUCUCAAUGCAGAAGAUUACUUGCCUACACUACCUAAUACUCAUUUGGCGGACUUGCUUGCAAUGCAGUUUUGUGCUUUGAUGAAUCAUGAUGGCUACUUCAUUGAUGAUCAAGUCCAACCUAGGCCACCCCGUAAUACUGUUCCUUCAAACAGUCAACCUAAUACAACUGCAAAUAAUCCUAAUAAUUCUGCGGCUGACAUGCAGCAGUAUCCGGAAUCAAAUUCUGGACAGCAAACAGUAAUGGAAACAAAGCCAAACAUUUCUAGUUCUUCUCUGAAUUCGAUCCAGAAUCUGCCAAGCUCUGGGAUGCUCCCUCCUGGAAAUUCACAAUCCGUACAGAUGUCUCAGGCACAUGUGUCAGGGGUCACAAUGGCACCUAGGCAACAUCAAGUGGAUCAACAACAGCCACUUCAGCAGCAACAACAGCCACAACAAUUGCCACUUCAGAAUCAAUCAUUGUUGAUGCCCCAACAGCAACCUCAGUUCCAGCGUUCUCCCCUCAUGUUGCCAACCAACUCAAUGGCACAAUUGAAUGCAUGUGGGCAAGGUUCAAGCAUGCCAUUGGGUAAUCACAUGGGUAAUAAGCCUUCUCCUCUGCAACUUUUGCAGCCACAGCAGCAGCCACAGUCCCAGAUGCAGCGUAGGAUGAUGAUGAAUCUUGGGCCUGCUAUGGGUAUGGGGAACAUUGGCAAUAACAUGGCAGGCCUUGGGGGUUUGAGUAAUGUUAUGGGGAUUGGUGGAGCAAGAGGAAUCAGCGGAGCUGGAAUUUCGGCACCAAUGGGUGCCAUUUCAGGAAUUGGUGGCAACAUGGGUCAGAACUCAAUGAACAUGAGUCAGGCAAAUGCGAUAAGCCAGCACAUUCGUGCUGGCAAUUUGACCCCUGCACAAGCUCAGGCAGCCUUUGUUGCUCAACGGUUUAAGCUGAUGCAAAACAGAAGCGUAAUGGGAACUCAAUCUGGUGUGGCUGGUAUUCCAGGUGGGACCCGGCAGCUGCAGCAAGGCUCUUCUGGGCUCUCAAUGUUGGGUGCCCAAUCCCUGAACAGAGGAAACAUCAAUCCGAUGCAGCGGAAUGCAAUGGGCCAGAUGGGCAUGGGCAAAUUAAUGCCAGGAAUGAAUGUUCCGAUGAAUCAGCAGCAACAUUUGCAGCUCCAACAGCAGUUUCAGCAGCAACAGCAACACUUGCAGCAACAGCAACAAUUGCUGCAACAGCAGCCGCAACUGCAGCAACAGAUGCCACAACAAGAAGCGACCUCCCCUCUGCAGGCUGUAGUUUCAUCCCAGCAGGUGGGUUCGCCUUCAACUCUAGGAAUUCCACAGCAAAUGAAUCAGCAGGCUGCUCAGCAGCAGGCCAGCCCACAGCAGAUGGGGCAACGGACUCCAAUGAGCCCACCAUUGAGUUCAGGGCCCAUGCAUCCAAUGAGUGCUGGUAACCCAGAGGCGUGUCCUGCCAGCCCAGCAUUAAGCUCUCAAACCUUAGGCUCUGUUGGGAGCAUAACAAAUUCUUCCAUGGACUUGCAAGGAGUGAAUAAGAGCAAUUCUGUCACUAAUACAUAAUCAAAACUUAAAGCGUUUCAAUUAUACACAAUGCUUCAAUUGCUGUGUAUUAACAAACUGCUGAGGGAUCUGGAGUAGUUCAUUUAGUUUGAUUUAACCUAGAGGUUCUAGGAGGUUUCAGGCUUUCAGCAAUAACCUUGUUAUUGCUUGUGAUGCUCUGGCUGGGAUCUGUAUAAAGCAUUUUCAAUAGUGAUUUUUGGUUAAUUGUAAAUUAUUUUCAGGGAGAAGUGAAUAUCAGGUAUCUGUUGUCAAUUUGUAUGACCGAGUUGUUGAUAUUCAACCUUAAAUGGAAAGUUACUUCAUGUUGAAAA